CAGCAGCAGCAGCAGCAGCAGCAGCAGCAACGCUGCAGCAACAUUGCACCACACCUACAUAUGUCUUGAGAUAUUCGGCUUUGACUGUUUAACGUGAAGAAUUUGGCCAGAGAACUCUGUGUGAGCAUGUAGGUGAAAGGAGCCAGUCAUCUCUUGUCCUUGUCUUUCUUUUCCAGCCAAUCAUCCUCGCCUCGAGAAGAUGUUUGCGUAGAAGGUCAGGGCGUCUCAGUGAACCCUUCCCAAGCCGAUAUGUCAAUCAUCGUCCUCCCCAUGGAGCACAGAAAACGUCCCACGAACGCCUUAAUGAGCUCCAUAGCCGUGGCCGAAGAAACCGUGCGUGAACGUGCAACUCAAAUGAGGAAGAGCGCGGUCUGAACAGUCUGAACCCUGCACAGCUUUCUCUUAGAAUUAUACUUAGAUACUGAUCCAAGCCAGAACCCAUACCAAUCAAGGCUACAAGAAAAGGGCUUCAACCGCUGCGAACCAUGAAUUAUUUGUGACUAAUUAUGCUUCCUUUUGGCCCAGAACGUCCAAGUUUGGGGCACAGUACUGUACGUCAUGAGCUCCGCCAACAACAAUUGUGUUGGCGAAGCAGCUCUCUACCGCAGUCGCCUGAAGAAGUUUUUUUUGGAGGGAGUCGCAUUCAUUUGGAUAUAUCAGCUGCUUAGAAGCUGAAGAUGAUGUCUAUUAUUACGCCUUGGAACUGGCAAAUGCCAUUGGCCUGGUUGGAUCAAUUAAGAGAAAGUUUGAGCAGCUGAGUGAGCUUGUGCAGGCUGGCUGUUUCAUUGAGUUUGCGAAGGUCAAGAAUGAACGAGGUGAGAAGGUUGUGCAACCAAUACAGCUCUUGCCAGAUGGCUUUGAGGGUCAGGAUGAGCUGGCCGCACGUCUGGAUGCGCAAGUGCUUGAGCGCAAGAUCAGGCCCCAAUUUGAUGAGGGCGAAGACUGUGAAGAGGAGGAUGAGUAUGCCUUUGACCCUGAAGUUUGGCCCGACCCAAGUGGAAGCUACGUCCGUGAGCUGCAGGAAAGGGUGUCAAGUCUUUUGGGAACAAAGGCUUCUGCAAAGAAGCCCCCCCCAAGUGUGGUCAACAGAAAAUGUCAAAGACUAUGUCCAAUGGUUGAGUUGGCAACACUGGGACCCGUGUCAUGCAUGGAAGGGCUUGAGCUGUGGCACCUGGCCCGAGAAAGCCAAAGAGUAUUUCUCACGAGCAUCACCUUUUCCGGGGAAAGCCAAAGCUUUUGUUCAGGACAUUCCGGAGGUUGUGGCGUGGAACAACAAUGGGUCAACCUAUGUCUAUCCCAAGUCGGUGUGGGCAUUUCUGCAAAAGCAUUCAUCUUAUGACAUUGAAAGGGUGGCACAGGACAUGGUCAAAGGAAUUGCAACAAAGGACUUCUACUGCCAGUGGUGUGAGAAGGCGCGGAUUGUUGGCAAGGACUACUAUGAGGACCAGUCCUGGUAUUGCAAAUCAUGCUUCUUGUCUUGGCAAGGCAUUGGGCCUCGCGGAAUGUCAGACAAAGGAAGGUUGAAGAAAGGCAAGAAGACCGGAAAAGGGCACAAGGGCAAGAAGGGCAAGAAGUGACGACGAAGAGGCGAGCACUUUCACAAACAAUGGCCUGCCUCUCAGGCUGAAGGCCUCUGUGUAUAGCUCCUGGAUGGUGGACUCUGAGAUCUCAGUGUC